ACCAUUGCAGUGGUGUUUUUGUUGAGCUUUGUCAGUAUGUAGCAUGGGUGGGCAUUACAUUGUCUUACUUAUAAAGCAGCCUGAGAAGAUGGAUACAGGUGAAUAGAGAAUACACCCAAAACAUUGUUUGACAGUCUCCUUGGUACUCCAUGCACUGCAGGGGCAGUGAUGUAAUGAGCAAACAAGUUUAGGGGCAGAAGACAAAUCUGCAUCACCAACAAUUCAGGAUCCAGUAACUAAUUGGCGGAAGGGUCCAGGUUGCUGACCCCCAUGGCCAUGAAGCUUGGGGGUUUUAAGCAUUUAAUUACGGUCAGAUGAGCAUCCAGGAGGGGGAUACUACCUAGCCUUAAUAGUAUCCAAAUCUUGCCUGGAGUGCAAUUUUUCAGGAAACCAUAUUAUUUUACCAACAUACUUGAUACUUCUCAUUAUUAUAGUUUUGGGACACCGGACGGAAACUACACCGCCACACCUGCUUCAGCUCAAGUUCUGUAACACCAAGGAAACCAUUUCAAUGUUAAAGAUGUUUACGGUGCAAACAAUCCUCUGUCAACUCAUUAACCGAGCUCGACCUCAUCCAUCUGCCAAACUGUCCACAGGAGGGGACAAUGUUAUCACCACGCUGACCGACGGAGGUCACAUGAUAGAGAUGGUGCGGUCCAUCGUGCCUUCACUGGACUUUACCAAGCACAAAGGUCAAGAUGGACGCAUAGCAACGAUUGGAGGUUGUCGAGAAUACACAGGUGCUCCUUACUUUGCUGCAAUCUCUGCAUUCCGAGUCGGCUGUGACCUGUCCCAUGUGUUCUGUACUGAUGGUGCUGGUCCUGUUAUCAAGUCCUACAGUCCUGAGCUCAUUGUUCAUCCAUGUCUGGAUGCUGAAGACGGUGUGGAGGAGAUGAAGAAGUGGUUACCCAGGAUGCACUCGGUUGUCAUUGGUCCUGGACUUGGUAGAGACCAGAAACUGCUAGACAAGGUCAAGAUUGUGAUAACUGAGGCCAAAGAACUGGACUUGCCACUUGUUAUUGAUGCAGAUGGGGUAUUUCUCCUGACCCAAGCACCAGACUUGAUCCGUGACUACAGACAAGCCAUCCUGACUCCUAAUGUGGUGGAAUUCAAACAUCUCUUCAAGAGUGUGGUUGGAUCAGAUGUUAACCCAGCUGAACCUCAAACUGAUGUCAUGGAACUAAGCAGAUCUUUGGGUCAUGUGACAGUGUGCAUGAAAGGAGCGAAUGACAUCAUUUCAGAUGGACACAAUGUCCUGGUAUGCUGUGGAGAAGGUAGCCCCAGGAGAUGCGGUGGGCAGGGAGACAUUCUAGCAGGAACCAUGGGCGUGUUCACGUUCUGGGCCCAUCAAGCUGUUCUGCAUAGAGCCAACAUCAAGAAUGAAUACCUGAAGAUCUUUGGCCCAACCUUGUGCGCAGCAUACGGUGCUUGCCUUCUAACCAAGAGGUGUUCGAGUCGGGCCUUUGAGAAGAACGGAAGAGGGAUGACCACGACCGAGAUGCUACCGGAAAUACAGCCAGUGUUCGCAAAUCUAUACGAGACCUCGGAGUGAAUGGUUUAUAUGUCUGGAAAUGAUCUCUUAAUGGACUUCUCCACAUUCGAUGAACUGCUCAAGGUUCCAUCAUCCUCUGUCUUGCAAAUGCGUCUGGUGGUCCAUUUGCUAAUUGUCCUGCAGAUAC